AUGAAGAACACUACUCGUCAUUUGAUCUCCCUCGCCUGCUUCCUCCUCGUUUCAUUAACCGCUGCCCAAGCUCCCCCACGCGCCCCGAUCCUCGACACCUCCGGACAAGAGCUGCUCACGGGAGCCCAAUACUACAUCAGGUCCCCCUUCUGGGGUGCCGGCGAAGGCGACGUCAACGUGGACAACAACUCCUCGUGCCCUCUCGACCUCGUCCUGGCCUCAAGAACACUUGCCGGGCCUGGCCUCCCCGUGGCCUUCCACCUGCCCCACGAGUCGGAAUCCGGGCGCCCCAUCCGCACCUUCACUGAUGUCAGCAUCCAGUUCUCGACGGCCUCCGCCGACACGGCGUGCAACGACGGCGGCGUGUGGACGGUCCGAUUCCAGGCACUCCUCCGAGGCUUCGGCGUCACGACGGGGGGAAGCCUGGGGGCCGUGGACAGCCUGUUCACGAUCGAGCCGGCAGAGAUAUUCCAUCGCAUCAGCUCAGAUCUAUGGUGGCCCGUCGAUAGAGAGCAACAAGCAGCUCUGGGAAUCAGCGCCGGCGGCGCUACGGGCGCCGUCCAGAUCUCGCAGUUGGCCGGAACUCGCGAGUCGAGUUGGGGGUGUGAUGUGUACAUACACGUGUCUGAUGACGUGGCACAAGCUAUUAAGUUUGAUUGCCACGUCAUUUUUCCGAUCGGCCACGUCAGUGGCACAUUGCCGGAAGUCAGCAAUGAGAUAUGA